CGGCCAUUGCGCCAUCAACUUCUCUGCCUCGUUCCCUUGCGCAGCCGUGGUGCCUGCUACAAACAUUCUCGCCUACCUUGAUCCAUUGUCCUGAGUGACCAGCCCCUGCAAACAACUUUGAACUUAUCAUUAGUUCAUUCCAUACUCUCUGUUUUUGUUCCUGGCGAAACCAUGGCGCUACGCGUGCUCUUCUUCUUCUUGAUGACGGCGUCCUUCCCAGCUGCCUGUGUCUCCUCCCAUGCCCGGAGCCCUGACGCCGUGGCGCUGCUCGCCUUCAAAUCAACGUGCGCCGGGCGCGCCGCCGCUGCACUCGGUUCCUGGACGGAGUCCUCCGACCCCUGCUCCGACGAGUGGCGCGGCAUCACUUGCCAGCGCUCGUUCUCCACCUCUUCCCAACCUCGCCGCGUCCGUCGUGUUGUUCUUGAAGGCCUAAGCCUUGGUGGGGAAGCUCGCGUCCUCGCCGCGCUCACGGAUCUCCCUUCGCUCUCGUCCCUUAGCCUCAAGAACAACAAUUUCACGGGAUCGCUCCGUGACGUCGACAUCUCCCCUUUCGCGCCGCACCUCAAGCUCCUGUACCUCUCCGGCAACGGCUUCUCCGGGCCGUUUCCCGAGUCCAUCCUACGCCUUCGUCAUCUGCGCCGUCUCGACCUCUCCGGCAAUCGGUUCAGUGGCACGAUCCCUCCGGAGAUCGGCCAUCGCCUCCGCGCUCUCGUGACGCUGAAUCUCGCACGCAAUUCGUUCGUCGGGCCCGUGCCCACCUCUCUGGAAGCGAUGGCGAAGCUUGCCGAGCUCGACGUCUCCGGUAACCGCCUCAAGGGGCAUAUCCCCAAACACCUCACGGCCGCCUUCCCCGCGUCAUCGUUCGCGGGCAAUCCCGAGCUUUGCGGUGCCCCGCUGCGCCGCCGGUGCAAUGGACAGCAGCAGAGAUUACACGCCGGCGGCCAUGACGAGGGAUCGCAUGGAAAUAGGAAGAGGAGCCACGACCGGUGGAUGGUCGUGAUGGUCAUGGCGGCGGUGGGCGCGGCGGUGGCCACGCUGAUCGCCGCGGCACUGUGCGCCGCGCUGUGGCUGAAGAACAGGAAGCCCACGCGGCCGAGCGGCAGCAGCUCGCGCACCAGCUCGAUGUUGUCGCAGGAGGAGGAGACGGUGCGCUUCGACGGGUGCUGCGUGGAGUUCGACGUGAGGAGUCUCAUGAUGGGAGCCGCGGAGAUGCUGGGGAAAGGCGCGGCGGCGACGACGUACCGCGUGGUCAUGGGAGGAGGAGGCCCAAACGAGGCAGCCGCCGGCGUGGAUGAUGAGACGGCGGGCGGCGAGGCGGUGGUGGUGAAGAGGCUGAGGAGAAGGGAAGGCGCGACCCGGGAGGACGAGAGGCGGCGGCGGGAGCUGGCCAGGGAGAUGGGCUCGUGGCGGCACGACAACAUCGUCAGCCUGCGCGCCUUCUACGCGUCGGCGGAGGAGCUUCUCCUCGUCUUCGACUACGUCCCCAACGGCAGCCUCCACAGCCUCCUGCAUGAGAACCGGGGACCGGCACGGGCGCCUCUGGACUGGCAGACGAGGCUGAAGCUGGCGCAGGACGCGGCGCAAGGCCUCGCCUACCUCCACGGCGUCUCCUCCUCCGGCUCCAGGAGGCACGCCCACAGGCACCUCACUUCCUCCAACAUCCUCAUCGACGGCAGCGGCAACGCGCGCGUCUCCGACUUCGCCCUGCUCCAGCUGCUCGUGCCAGCGCCACCAGAAUCGGCCCUGAAACAGCAGCAGGAAGACGUGCGAGGCUUCGGGGUGAUCCUGCUGGAGAUCCUGACGGGCCGGUUGCCGGAGGAGGACGGGAAGCCGGACAUGGCGCGGUGGGUGCGGACGGUGGUGCGUGAGGAGUGGACCUCCGAGGUGUUCGACGUGGAGCUGCUGCGGGGCAGGGGCGCCGAGGACGAGAUGGUGGCGCUCCUCCAGGUGGCGCUGCUCUGCGCCGCCGACGACCCGACGGAGCGGCCCAGGAUGGCGGUGGUGGCCAGGAUGAUCGAGGACAUCAGGGACAGGGGCAGCAAGAGGAGCAAGUACUCUGCUUCCCCGUCGCAGGCUGGGUGUUCCUACGAGUCGUCUCCUUGCGUCUCCGAGGACACCGCGAAGUCUACCACUGCCUCAAGCUCCUAACUUGCCUGCGCGCCAUUCGACGGCGUCCUAGUAGUUGCGAUGUGUGUUUGUUUCGUUCCUCCGGGUUCCCUCCCAAUUCCCAAACAAUGUCUCGAGAUAAUAUGCUGGUAAACUAGAAGAUAGAGGAUUUUCUGGGUA